AGUCUAUUGUUUCUUGAUUUCACUGGACAGCUGACAUUGAACAGCUCUUGCCUGGUUAUCUGAUAACUCUAGCAAGAUGGCUCUCUGCACCGCCGCUUCCACCUCUAAUGCGGCUCUGAAGUCUGCGUUUCUUCCUAAGACGGAGAAGCUGGCAGACGCUUCUGUCACCGUCAGCAUUCCCGUGAAGCGGGUCGCACCAGUUGAGGCUUCCCUCGAGCCUGCCGUUUCACGAAGGACUCUUUCCCUCGCCGGAGUCGCGUCCUUGGCCGCUGUUCUCUCCGCUCCCGGUUUCGCUUUCGCGGGAUUUGAGGAGGACUACGUUCAGGCGACGACGAACGUCAUCGAGAGAGUGAGGAACACUCUGGGUCUCGCUAGAGACGACCCCGCUAGGAGCGACGCCGUAAACGAACUCCGCGAGCUGUCCAACACGUGGGUGGCGAGGUAUCGCCGCGAGAAGUCUGUGGCUGGCAGGCCGUCCUACAGCAACAUGUAUUCCGUCCUUAACGCCAUUUCCGGCCACUACAUCAGCUUCGGACCGACCUACCCCAUCCCGAAGAAGCGGCUCGACAGAAUAUUCGAGGAGGUUGACAUUGCCGAGCGUGCCCUCUCCCGUGGCCGAUAAGCGGGUUCUGGAUUCCAUGUUCUCAGAUUUUGUCUGCACUUCGUCGUUUUGUGUUGUUGAUAUCAGGCGUUUUUUUUAUCAGUUUUGGAUUUUCUCCCUGGUUCUUUGCCAGCAGUCCUUCAGAUUACACUCGUUAUUAAGAAACAAGUGAAAGAACACUUCUGGAUAUCUGGUCCGGCUUCUUGGCCAACCCUCCCUGUCUCGUGCUUGUCCUCGUAUUCCUCCUGGUCUCCUCUCCCUGUUUUUUGUCCCCCAGCUCCCUGUACUUGUCCCCUCCCUCACGUUCUCUGCCUGCCUUCGCGCCCUU